AUGGCUGCUCUCGCUGGCAAGGUUGCUAUCAUUACCGGUGGCUCUAAGGGCAUCGGUAAGGCGACAGCUCUUCGUCUUGCGCGCGAUGGCGCAAAGGUCGCUCUCCAGUACCUCUCCGAUGACCAAAGCGCCCAGGAGGUGGUCAAUGCAAUCGGAGAGGAGAACGCCCUGGCCAUCAAGGGAAAUGCGGGCAGCGUGGCCGACAGCGACGAAUUGAUCCGCCGUACAGUGGAUAAAUUUGGUCAAGUUGACAUUCUGAUUGCCAACGCCGGUUCUUUGCCCGUCCGAGACCUAGCGAGCACCUCGGAGCAAGACUUCAAUGACUGUAUGGAUCUGAAUGUCAAGGGACCAUACUUUUUGGUCCAGAAAGUGGUCCCUUACCUCCGCCCCGGCGCCCGCAUUAUCCUUGUUUCCACAACCCUUUGCCACGCGUCUACAAUCGCCCCGUCCUACCUCCUUUACUUGACGACAAAGGGCGCCGUCGAGCAGAUGGUCCGUGUUCUCGCUAAGGACCUGGGCCCCAAGGAAAUCACCAUCAACGCGGUCGCUCCCGGUCCGACUGACACCGUUCUGUUCACACGUGGUAAGCCGGAAGCCAUGCUGAACGCCAUCAAAAACUUGAGCCCGCGUGGGCGUUUCGGUAAGCCAGAGGAGAUUGCGGAGGCCAUGGCAUUCUUCAGCUCUCCGGCCAGUGGCUGGGUCUCUGGGCAGAUUCUGCGUGUGAAUGGCGGUAUGGCUUAG